UAGCCGUUGGACACGUGUAAUGACAAAGGACCAACGGGCAAGUAAUGCGCCCGCUGAAUACGAUUGGAAUAAGUACCUUCGGUGGAACUGCUCGAUGACUGUUGUGGUUAGGUGAAGCUAUCUUGCUUCAAAAAUAAUAUCGACUCCACAACCAAGCUAUCUGACCUUAUCCUCCGACCGACCCCGACCUAAGGCGUUCUGGACGGACGCAAAACGAACUUGACAGCAUGGGCUCGAUGCAGAAGGAAGAUGGCCAUGCCCAGGGCCUUGGACAGGACUUCACAAAGCAAGUUAUCGCGUCUAUGGGUAAGGACACAAACCCGAGACUCCGUCAAGUUUUGUCCUCUUUCAUCCAGCAUAUCCACGACUUUGCUCGUGAAGUCGACCUCACCACCGACGAAUGGAUGGCUGGUGUCAACAUGAUCAACUGGGCCGGUCAAAUGAGUAACGACCGACGAAACGAAGGCCAGCUUCUCUGUGAUGUCAUCGGCCUGGAAUCACUCGUUGAUGAUAUUACCAACCGGGUGGCCACGAAGAACGGCGUGCCUGGGACGGCAACAGCCAUUUUGGGCCCUUUCUGGCGUGCAGACACGCCUGUCCGUGCCAAUGGUAGCACCAUUGUUCUCAAAUGCCCCGAUGACGGAGAGCUCGCGUUCAUGUAUGGUCAAGUGACCUGCUCCAACACGGGAAAGCCUCUCCCUAACGCGUCUGUUGAUGUUUGGCAAGCAUCCACAAACGGGCUGUACGAGCAGCAAGAUGCGGAUCAACCGGAACACAACUUGCGCGGAAAGUUCAUUACCGAUGAGGAGGGCCGUUACGCGUUCUACUGCCUUCGGCCCACUCCGUACCCAGUUCCGGGAGACGGCCCAGCCGGAAAGCUUCUGGACCUACUUCACCGUAAUCAUUAUAGACCAGCCCACAUUCACCUCAUCGUUCAGUCAGAAGGAUUCAAGUCAGUGACGACACAAAUUUUUGACCAAGAUUCGGACUACUUGGAAAACGACUCGGUCUUUGCUGUGAAAGAUGGGUUGACGGUGAAAUUCACCGAGAGGAAGGGCGACCCCAAAGCCGCCAAAGAGCUCGAGUAUAACAUUCAGUUGGUUUCUGAGAAGUAAAUGGGUUGGAUUGGACAGGACAUUCCUCAACGACAUUGCGGCACUAAGAAACGGAAUGAGAUGAUAAAAAUGAAUUGGGUUCUUGAUGAAGAAGAAAACCGUUCGUGAUAACUGAUUGGGAGGAAACUUGGGAGCAAUACUGUUCAUUCAUCUAGUCUUAGUCAGCUGCUGAACAUGAAUUUGAAAACGGCGAUAGCGAGAGUCUUAUUACCAAGCUAUGAGUACUCGGGCGACAUCAGCAACAUUUCAACACCGGCCCUGUGUCUUGUAGACUAAUCGAAGCG